AUGUCUGAUGGCUGCUUAGGAGAGUUAAUAAAACUUAGUGCUGCAUCAGUACUGGCGAGCACUCGGCGGCUGCAGGUGUCGGAGUCCGGCGCCUUUGGCGAUUGGGUGGCGUCGUCUUCCACCUCAGCGGGGGACCUCUCACUAGGGUUCAAUGCCGGCCCACCCGCCGCCAACACCGGAGGGAUAUGGCCGUCCUCCUCCUCCUCCUCCAGGCUUCCCCCGGAACUUUUCUUCGUGUCGCCGGCGCCGGCGCCGGCGCCCUACCACGGCCAGGAGACGGCGGCCUCCACCAUCAGCUUCGACCCCCACCCCCUCGGCAUCGGCGUCAUCCCUCUCCUCACGGCCAAUCCUUACCCGCUCGGCACCAACGAGGACGGGUUGGCCGCCGCUCGCAUGCAUGAUUACCUGAAGAAAGCUACGGCCGAUCUCCAUAAGGGCCCCUCCGCCGCGGUGGCUCCGCCGCCGGGGACCACUUCUUGCCAGGACUGCGGCAACCAGGCGAAAAAGGACUGCUCGCACGGGAGGUGCCGGACUUGCUGUAAGAGCCGGGGUUUCAACUGCUCCACACACGUGAAGAGUACUUGGGUCCCGGCAGCCCGCCGCCGUGAGCGGCAGCUCAUGGCCGUGAACCCCACCACCGCCGCCGCGGCCGGCUCUUCACAAUCCACCUCCGGCGCCCCUAAGAAACCCCGACUAGCCGGAGCUUCUCAGACAACAACCUCUCACACCUCGACCUCUAACAACAACGCCAACACGCCUAGAAGCUUCGAUACUAGCUCAAGCCAUCAAGAUGCUGGUUUUAAGGAGUCGUUGCCCGGUCAAGUAAACGCGCCGGCAGUUUUCAAGUGCGUGAGAGUGACGGCUGUCGAUGAUGGCGGCGAAGACGAGUACGCGUAUCAGGCGGUGGUUCGAAUAGGAGGUCAUGUCUUCAAAGGCUUUUUAUAUGAUCAAGGGUUUGAUCAGGGGAAAGACGUAUUAGUCCCGAAUAUAUCCGAUUUGCAUUUGGGUGCUCGAAACGGGACUUCGUCCUCCUCACAUCAACUGGUCGACCCGACUCAUGAUUUGUACGGUGGCACAUUGAUCGGAGGUUCGAGCUAUGGUAACCCCAUAAAUUGA